UAAAUCCGGGAUUUACGGAAUCCCGGGAUUUAACGCGCGCACAAAAACCGUUUGGCUGGAUUUAGCGUAAAUCCGACUUAAAUCCCACGAUAAAUCCGAUACCAAACAGCCCCUAAAAGGGGCUUAACCCAAACCCGGUGAGCCGCUCGGGAUGACGCUACUUGUGAGCCCCUGCCGCCAGUUCACUCCUUUUCCUUUGCCUUCCCAUCAUGCCCUGAAGCUUGAACCAGUUUCUCUCCGAAAGCCGCUAAAGAGAAGGAAAUCUCAUGGUUCUGAAAAGUCAUCCAGAGUUCUGGGCUACUAUGGUCUUACAGCCCCUCCCUAUAAACUAGAUGCUUUGGAACCAUACAUGAGCAAGAGGACAUUGGAACUGCAUUGGGGAGGAUAUCAUCAUGAUUAUGUUGAGAGUUUGAAUAAGCAGCUCAAGAACAGUUCAUUAUACGGCUACACCUUGGAGGAACUUAUCAAAACAACCUAUAACAACGGGAACCCAUUACCAGAGUUCAAUAAUGCUGCAGAGGUUUGGAAUCACGACUUUUUUUGGGAAUCAAUGCAACCAGAUAGUGAUAAAUUGCCUUGGGGAGGCUUGCUUCAGCAGAUUGAAAAGGAUUUUGGCUCGUUUUCCAAUUUUAAGGAUGAAUUUAUGCAAUCAGCAAUGGGAUUGUUUGGUUCUGGUUGGGUCUGGCUAGUCUUGAAGAGAGAGGAGAAAAGGCUAGCUGUGGUCAGAACAUCAAAUGCUGUCUGUCCACUAGUUUUUGAUGAUAUUCCUCUUAUAGCUCUUGAUAUGUGGGAGCACGCUUACUAUCUUGAUUACAAGGUAUCCUUUCUUACCCUUUUACAUUUAUGCCAUAGUUGGCUUGAUAAAUCCUUUAUCAAUUUCAUGACUUACAGUUUAUUUAUCAAUUCCUAUUUUAUGAUGCAUGUGAAUCGGGCACUGGACUCAAUUAUUUUUAAAAAUAAUAAAACACAAACGUAAGUUGACUUGGUGUUU